AUGCUGCGGCUGUUUAACUGCAAGCCUUCUCCUGCAGCCUCCUCCUCCUCCUCCAGCAGCAGCAGCAGCAGCAGCAGCAGCAGCAGCAGCAGCUUGAUUGGCUGCGUGACACAGCCUUAUGCUAUAUGUUGUGUGAGGCUGACACCCGAGCGACUUGUGCUGCUAACAGAGAAACAUAUUUCUGUUUAUUUGCUGCAGUCUCUCACGCUGCUGCGUACACUGGAGAGACACACGAAGCUGCCGCAGCAGCCACGGGGGUUGUUUGCUGCUGCAAGCACUGCUGCUGUUGCUGCUGUUGCUGCAGCUGCUGCUUCUGCUGCUGCAGUAGAAGAACCAGAUAAACUCCCCCCAGAUACAUGGGCAGCAGAUGCUGCAGCAGCUAACGGACAGGCACAUGCUGCUGCUGCUGCUGCUGAUGCUAAUGAAGCUGUUAUGGCUGUCGGCUGGAGCCCCCAGCACAGCUACCUUGCGCUGCCUGCAGGGCCUCAGGAAGGAGGAGCCGGGGUCCUGUGUCUGUUUAACUUGCUUAACACAAGGUUUGCUGCCUGGCGCUGCACCCACGAGGAGCCGCUGCGGGCUGUUGUCUUCUCUGCUUCUGUUUCUCUUGUUGCUGCAAUUUCUGUCAAAGCUUCAGUUGUCCGCAUAUUUUCUGUUCCCUCUUUGGAUUUGCUGCUGACGCUGCACCUCCAGAGCCCGCAGCUGCUGCUGCAGGGAGCCGGGCCCCUUCCUCUGUGCCCGACUGGCCGUUCAGCUGGCAGCAGCAGCAGCAGUAGCAGCAGCAAAAAAGGCAGCAGCAGCAGCAGCAGCAGCUGUCGUGCUGCAGAAGCACCUGCCCCCGCCGCCCCUUCGUCCGGGAGAGCCACCCCAGCCAAGACUCGUGAUAGUGCUGCUGCAGCAGCAAACGCGGCUGCAGUGUCAGCAGCAGCAGCAGCAUCAGCAAAAGAGGCAGCAGCAAGCGCUGAAGCAAGCUCCCAGCAGCCGCAGCAGCCGCAGCAGCAGCAGCAGCAGCAGCAGGGGAACAGCAAGAAACAGAAACAGAAGAAGACUGUUGCGUUGGGAGAAGGCGAUAAGAACUCCAAGGCGAGUCCAGCCGCUGCAGCUGCUGCAGCAGCAGAUGCAGCUGCUGCAGCAGAGACACCUGCUGGCGUUUCUGCUGCUGGCCCGGCUGCUGCUUCUCCAGAUGCUGCUUCUUCUUCUGCUGCUGCUGCUGCAGCGGCUACCACGAGCGCUGCAGCAGCAAAUCAGCGGCAACGCGUAGAGUCAAACCGGCCGCCGCCAAAGGGGAGAAUCUCCAAGCAGAAGCAAAGACAGCAGCAACUGCUGCAGCAGCAGCAACAGCAGCAGCAGCAACAGCAGCAACAGCAGCAACAGCAGCAACAGCGGGAACCAUCGCCUCCUGCUGGGGGGUCGCUAUCUGCUGCAAAGGAACGGCCCGCUGCCAGUAGCAGCAACACCAAGAGCAACAGUAGCAGCAGCAGUAGCAGCAGUAGCAGCAGCAACAAAGCACGCAGCAGCAGCGGCGACAGGGCUUCCAGCAGAAGCGAUGAAGACAACGAUGCAUACGCGAGCGCAGACAGCAACAGCAACGGCAGCAACAAAAACAAGAGCAGCAGCAAGACCAGCCGCAACAGCCGCAAUGACAGUAGCAACAGCAGCAAAUGCAAGGAUAGCAGCAGCAGCAGCAGCAGCAGCAGCAAGCCGGCAGCAGGCAGUAAUGUCGUAGGGUCCCAAGCAUCGAAGGCAACGGAUGAUAAGGCAGCAGCAGCAACAGCAGCAGCAGCAAAGGUUGCUGCAGCUGCUGCAGGAGCAGCAGCAACAUGUGCGGCAGCCUCAGCUCCUGCAGGAGCAGCAGCAGCAGCAUCAGUCCCUGCAGCAGCAGCAUCGAGUGCUGCUGGGGAGCAGAAGAUGUCAGCGCGACAAAGAAAGAAGGAAAGGCAGCAGCAGGCAGCAGCUGCUCGGCUCGCCGAGGCUGCAAAGCAGCAGCAGCAGCAGCAGCAGCAGCAGCAGCAGCAACGGCAUAACGCGAAGGGUAGCGCAGACAGCAAACACACAAAGAAGGAACAGAACGGUCAGCAGCAGCAGCAGCAGCAGCAGAACCAGCAGCAGCAACAGCAGCAGCCUCCUGCCCUCCAUGCAAAGGACGCAGAGCCGUCAUUGUCCGUAGAGGAAGAGAGCAGGGCUUCAGAGUCAUCUGCUGCUGAAGCACGAGAGGCAGCAGCAGCAGCAGCAGCAGCAACAGGAGCAGCAGCAAAGGUAGACGAUUCUGUUGCAGCUGCAACAGGUGAGCCAGCUGCUGAGUCUCCCCAGAAGCAGCAGCAACAGCAGCAGUCUGACGCAGCCAGCAAGAGCAUACCGGCAAUCCCGGAGCCUUCCGCAGCAGCAGCAGCAGCAGCAGCAGCAGCAACACCAGCAGCAGCAGCAGCAGAGGGAGAGUGUUUGACUCCAGUAGGCGAGAAGGAUGCCGAUGAAGAAGGUUGGGUUAUCUGCCGCGCCCUUGAGCGUGCUUCUGCUGCCAGCAGACGCAGCAGCAGAUCUGCUGCUCAGCAGCAGCAGCAGCAGCAGCAGCAGCAGCAGCAAGGAGAGAUGGAUCGGCUUAGCAGCGGCAACAGCGCGAUGCUGUCAGCAGAAUGGGACAAUGUAGAGACACCCGGCGCUUUCACUCCUUCUGGCUGCUGCAGCCCGUUCAGCAGCAGCAGCAACCACAACAACAGCAGCAGGACAGCAGCAGACGCAGCUCUUGCUAUUCUCAAUCGCAAGGCUGAAGCACCAAGGGGAGAACUCGAAGAAGCUGCAGCAGCAGCAGCAGCAGCAGCAGCACAGGAGGCGGAGUCGCCUGGUAACAGCUGGGUGGGGAGACCAAACAUGCAGCUGCUUGCUGAUUCAUUUGAGCUGCUUCUAGACGGCACUGACACGCAGCAGGAGCAGCAGCAGCAGCAGCAGCAGCAGCAACAGCAGCAGCAGAAGUUGCUGCCAGCUCCAGGUUGGCUACCUAAUUCUGAAAGCAACAGCAAGAGGGACAGCAGCAACCGCUCGGACAGCAGCAUGGGGGCAGGCGAAGACUUCGUCAGAAGACGGCAGCAGCAGCAGCAGCAGCAGCAGCAGCAGCAGCAGCAGGCAGCAAACACACCGCAGCAGCGGGGGGUAAUCCAGCUGACGGGCGAGGCUGCAUGCGGCUCUGGGGUAAAGAGGGGCGAGGGCCUGAAGCCCGUCUCCCUGACGUUCUCUGGCUGCAGCCGUAUCUUCACUGUCUCUCGUGGAGACGGCCUCGUCUUCGUGUUUAACCUGCCCUGGUCUGCAGAAGAGCUGCAGAAACACGCGAAGUGCGGCGUGGCUGCGCAGCAGCAGCUGCUGCGAACGCUGAUACAGGGAGCAGCAGGAGAAAGCAACAACCCGGAUGGCGCUGCUGCUGCUGCUGCUGCUGCUGCGGCCGCUGCGGCUGCGGCGCCUUCGGACAGUGCUACCAUUGCGGCAGCAACUGGAGCAGCAACAGCACCAGCUGCUGCGCACUUUGCUGAGCCCGCAUAUGCUGCUGGCAGCAGCAGCAGCAGCAGCAGCAGCAGACUAUCGACUAUCACGGGCGCUGCCACUGUAGGUUCUGUCUCUGGUUGUUUUCCUGCUUGCUAG